UUAGUAUUUCUUUUCCCACUGAAAGUGCACACAAACGCAGACAAAUACAGAACCAAAAGCCAUCUCUCCUCCAAAACGCACUCCUACAAGUCCACCGUCUCCCACCAGUCACCUUCAAAUUCCCAAUUCCCAAAUUCCAAAUUCCAAUUCCAAUUCCAAUUCCGAUCGAAGCGUUUUCCAUCCACAGGGGAUAUGUGGCAUCAAGUGCCAAUAGUUCUAGGUCCGCAGCAGAGAUAAGUGAAAGAAGACAAUGGGAGGCUGCUGCUGUUGUUCUUCCAAAGGAACUGAACUGAGUGCUGCACCGACAUACUAUUACUAUCCAAGGUCAUCGGAUGAGCAUGUGCCAUUGUCUUCUCGCCAAGGUGUCACCCCUGCAUUCUCCACAGGGCUUCUCGUUGAUACAAAUUUGGAUACAUCAAUACCUGACACUUAUAGACCGCCUCCUACCCCUAUUCCAUAUGACGUGGCUGUAGUAGGGCAUCCUCAAACUCCACCAGCGGCUCAAGAAAUUUGUGGCAACAAGAGUGAAGGUGCAUUGCUGACAACAAAUUCUGAUUCUGUUCAUGAAGCAGUUGGUGGAAAUGCUCAAGAAGCUUCAGCUAAGUGUGAAGACCUGAAGGAUUCAGACUGUAAGGCCCAAACUGAUUUUGAACUUGAGGCAGAAAAGAAGUCAGAAGUUGAACUUUCGAAGUCAGUGGAAUCUGUUGCUUUAGUACCAGAGGAAGAGGAUGUUUGCCCCACCUGUUUGGAAGAGUAUGAUGCACAGAAUCCAAAAAUUACCACAAAAUGCGAGCAUCAUUUUCACCUUGCUUGCAUUCUUGAAUGGAUGGAACGAAGUGACACAUGUCCUGUGUGUGAUCAGGAAAUGAUGUUUGAUCCUCCAAUUUAGUUCAACCAGCAAUUGAAGUCAAGUUCUUUCCUUAUUCAAGAUUGGUUUGAGAAGCAGAGGUUACAAAUGCACGAAGGUUUUUCUUUCCUCCUUUUCUGUGUUCACUGUUCAGUGACAGUCACAGAUAUGGCUUUUUUUGGUUUUGUUUCUGGAGUUUGCUCAUUCAAAUGCAGCGUCUUUGUGCAUUUGUUUCCUUUCAACUCAAUGAUAAUGAAAAGGAAGAGGGAGUAGAAUUGACACUGGCGUGAAAUUAGUAUUGAGGUCGAUUUUCUAUUUGUAAUGCAUUCAUUCUUAGAUCGUAGAGCAUCGUACUAUGAACCAUAAAAUGACAUGGGUUAAAUAGAUACUGAAGUUGGGGGGUAGUAGUCAGAUUCAUUGUCCACAAUGAGAAGUUAGUUUCCAAACAAGAAAGGCGAACGUAUUGUUCUCUCUCUUUCUCUUUCCAAGUAUAGUUUGUUUUUUA